AAAAAAGGUUCAAAUUGGGGGGCAUUUGCUAAGACAUUUAUGUCCCUCGAAUACAGACGAGACAAUGAAGUCUUUUAUUAUCCACAGCUGUGAUGACGUCAGCGUUGCGAGCCACUGGCCGGUGCGGAGCGUCAACAGUCAUGGCUUCUUGCACAAGGCGAGGAGCCAGACUUAUCACAACCUCCUGUGUCUCCCACAAGAUCAUCACCUCACACUUUCCAAGUCCUAAGCCGUCCUCAACCAACUUGACCAGUCAAAUACUCAAAGACUCGUCUAAAUGGGCCAACCAGAUUGCCACAGAGUGUGGAGUGACGCACCGGAGGUACUCCUUCUCUCAGCUGGUGGACCGCAUAGCCAGGUGGGCGGGCAUGCUGAACAAACUGGGCAUCAAGAAAGGUGACUUUGUAGCCAUUAUAAUGCUCAACUGUCCAGAAUAUCCCAUUGUUAUGCUGGGAGCCAUAAGCAUUGGAGCCAUUGUCACUGGUGUCAACCCUACUUAUACACCAGGGGAAAUCCUUCGGCAGCUGGAAGACAGUGGCGCCAAACUAGUGAUAGGAGACACUUUCUCAGAGAAGAAGAUUGAUGCAGCUCUUGCUGAAUAUAAAAAGCCCACCGUGUUGGUGAUAAAUGGGCCUUCUACGGUUGACGGGGCUCUUGAUCUGCUACACAUCCUGGAAGAUUCAUCUCUUCCAUUUGCUGACCCUGUUGAGGUUUCUGGGAAAGAUCUGGCACUGAUGCCAUAUUCAAGUGGAACAACUGGAAAGCCCAAGGGAGUUGCUCUGUCCCACAGUGCAGUCGCUUCCAACGUGACUAUGCUUGUGCAUCCAAGCGUCUUCACUUCCCACGAAACAACAGAUUCAUACCAAGAUUCAUUUUUGUGCUACCUGCCAUACUACCACGUAUAUGGGAUUGUGCCUAUUAUGAUGACAGGACUACAAAUGGGUGUAAAACUGGUCUCUACACCCAAGUUUGAUCCCAACACCUUCGUCAAGGACAUCAGGCAACACAAGGUGGGAACUCUUCACUUGGUUCCACCAGUGCUUAACUUCUUGAACCAGUCUCCGACAGUUACCCCUGAAGCACUGGCAUCACUGCACACCACUUUAUGUGGCGCUGCCCCUGUUCUUGUCACCGACGUACAAGCAUUCAAGGAGAGAAUUAAAAAACCUUUAUUCUUCCAAGAAAGUAAACAAAAUUUAUAAACUUUAAAAAUAUUCAAGGGGAAUUAAAUUUAUUUAAAUGAAUUGAGCACAUCAAGAGGGUAAUAAUAGUUUUAAUUAAGAAUGUUGUUAAUUACUGUUGAUUUUUUUUGUUUGUUAUUAUUAACAAGCUUUCUAACCCAUGAAGUAGUGAUGUGUUGAUGUAUUAAGAGCGAAGGUUAAUUGCUUGCCAUAAGUUCACCUAAUAUUCCCGUCUCACAUACAAUUGUUGGUCACACAUAAAAUACAAAAUUGGCAUGGAAUGUGAGGGAAAAUUAAUAAUUUAUUGUGUCAGGGGACAGCCAGCUAGAUAAUAUAUACAUGUUAGGCUUAAAUUGAGGUCCCCUUUAAUGUCGAAUUACUGAUCCCACCACCCCAGGAUGCAACCUUACGACAAGCUCAUUAACUCCUGGGAACAAAUUUACUGCUAGGUGAACUGGUACAUUUGGUGAUAGGAAAUGCACGCAACACGUUUUUUCCUGCCAGAGAUUCGAUCCCAAGCCCCGAAUCCUGAAAUCCCGAUCUUAAAUUUCAAUUUUGCCCCAAGGGGCGAGUUUAUGGGCAGAGUCAUUCAUCCUGUGAGUGGCCAUUUCGCCAUAACAUGAUGUACAACACUCCCGUUAGGAAGAAAACCAGAUGAGUUAUUCAUCCUGUCACUUGUACUCAGACACAGCUGGGACUUGCUUAACUGUCUCAAGUGAACAGCUUCUCAAACAACAAGAUUAACGUUCGUCAGCCCUUAAAAUCGUACUAUACCUUGCGGGUGCAAAAUGGGGGAAUCUUUUAAUAAGUGUCUAUAUUUACCAUAUAGUGUUUUCAUAACUCAAACAUUGUGCGGUUUAUUAUUCUUCACAUAUUUCUAAUGACUCUUAUAUAUCCACACUCUCUCAGGUAGUGGACAAUGCGGUGUCUAUCACUCUCACAGCAGAUUCUGCAACUCCUCCGUUCAACUGUUGUUUCCAUGCCUAAUAAGCCAAGUUUUCCUGAAUUAAUAU